CCUCACUCAAAGACGUGGCUCUUAGGCAGGCACCACAGAGCCAAAGCUCCUCUCUUUUGAACCACAUUCAAGGCAAUUAGAGACCAGGAUUAAGCAAACGCCCAACACCAGCAUCCUCAGCAGUGAGAGGAAUUAUCGCAGCUGGCCAGGGCACGGAGCGGCUGCGAGGCCAGGCAGCCAGGUUGUCCCACUGAGGAAAUCUCCGCGCUCCGCUUGCUGAGGUCCCGCAGAGAGGAAGAACCUGCACCCAGCAGCAAUGGGCUCUCAGGGGCGACUCUUUUGGGCUGUUCUGGGCUAUUUGGUCUGCUGUUGUUCCCCUGGGGUGGAGGCACAGUUCCCCCGUGUCUGUAUGACGGUAGAGGCCCUUCGGUUGAAGCAAUGCUGCCCGGCGUUGGGGCUGGAGCCAGGCAACGUGUGCGGAAUCCUGCAGGGCAAGGGGCAGUGUCAGGGGGUGCACGUGGAUGCUCAGCCGUGGAGUGGCCCCUACACCCUUCGAAAUGUGGACGACCGGGAACGAUGGCCCCUCAAGUUCUUCAAUCAGAGCUGUCAGUGCACAGGAAACUUUGCUGGCUAUAACUGUGGUGACUGCAAGUUUGGCUGGACUGGCCCUGAUUGCAACGAGAGGAAGCCACCAGUUGUCAGGAAGAACAUUCAUUCCUUGACUGCAGAGGAGAGAGAGCAGUUCUUUGAUGCGUUACAUCGUGCAAAGACUACCACUCAUCCAGACUACGUAAUUGCAACUCAACACUGGAUGAGUCUGCUUGGUCCCACUGGAAAUGAACCACAAAUUGCAAACUGUAGUGUCUAUAACUACUUCGUUUGGCUUCAUUACUACUCGGUCAGAGACACACUAUUAGGACCUGGCCGCCCUUUCACAGCUAUCGAUUUCUCACAUCAAGGACCUGCCUUUGUUACUUGGCAUAGGUACCAUUUGCUGUUGCUGGAAAGAGAUCUACAGCGACUGAUUGGCAAUGAGUCCUUUGCGUUGCCCUACUGGGAUUUUGCCACAGGUAGAAAUGAGUGUGAUGUGUGCACGGAUCAGCUCUUUGGAGCAUCCCGACCAGAUGACCCAAGCCUGAUCAGCCCGAACUCCAGAUUCUCCCUCUGGCAAAUAGUUUGUAGCAGUUUGGAUGAUUACAACCGCCUGGUCACGCUGUGCAAUGGGACGGACGAAGGGCCGCUGCGGAGGGGGCCACCGAGGAGCUCCGGCAGGCAGCUGCCUACCUUGGAGGACGUCAGGAACUGCCUUUCCCUGCAGGAGUUUGACAGCCCGCCAUUUUUUCGAAAUUCCAGUUUCAGUUUCAGGAAUGCACUGGAAGGGUUCAAUAAACCAGAUGGUACCUUGAACUCGUCAAUGCUGAGUCUUCACAAUUUGGCUCAUGCUUUCCUCAAUGGGACCAGUGUUCUCCCUCAUGCGGCCGCCAAUGAUCCCAUCUUUGUGGUUCUUCACUCCUUUACUGAUGCCAUCUUUGAUGAAUGGAUGAAAAGGUUCAGCCCUCCUGACAACACCUGGCCUGAGGAGCUGGCCCCGAUCGGUCACAACAGACUGUAUAACAUGGUCCCUUUUUUCCCUCCUGUGACCAAUGACCAACUCUUCCUCACUGCAGAGCAGCUUGGCUACACCUAUGCCAUUGACCUGCCAGGUUUGCUUGAAGAAACUCAAGCCUGGGCUAUCAUGGUUGGAGCCACACUUGGAGGAGCGCUUAUAGCUCUGGUCCUGCUAGUUCUGCUGCUUGUAUUUUUUCAACACCAAAGACAGAGAAAGGGGUUUGAACCACUGGUGAAUGUGAGCUUCAGCCCAAAAAAGUACAUGGAAGAGGCCUAGUGCCUUGGCUUUGUUUUCUUGGUUAUUCUUGUAGGACGUGACCUUGACUAGUUUAUUCAGAUCUUAGUUGAGUUUUUAGCUACCCACUUAUCACACACUCCUUUGGCAGCUAAGUAUAUUGUUCUCAUUCAUUUUUUCCCCAUUAUCUUGUGAAUUGUGAUAGAUAAAGUCUCUGGGUACCUAUGUGUAACACCCCAGAUAGGCCAAAGUUUUCUCAUUUCCAAAGAUUAUCUGGAGUGUGUGAUACAUGUUCUCUGUAGAUUUAGAUCAAGACAGCUAAGAAUCUGAACAAGAAGAAAAACAACUUGAAUGAUCAAUAAGCAAGAUGAUUUUUCAACUCAAUGUGUUUUUGAUUUUAUUUAACAGCUCUGAGAUGUGCAGAAUGCCAUUAUCUCUACAUGUAUCAGAUCAUUUUACAGCAGAUCAUUUUACAGUUCUCAAUCAACAUUCUGAAUAAAUGAUGUAGACUUUUUUUAUGGUUCCAAAUCUUUCAUGCAGUUUGAUGAGAUAAGAGGGAAGAAGAGAGUUCAGCUUGACAGAAUACUCUAAGAAACCUCUGGUUAGAUUAUUUCAGAAGUACGAUCACUUCCAUAUGUUAUUUCUGAUCAAGCUGAUGGUGAAACUCCCAAAUCAGUUUUCCCUGUAGUUCGAUUAAGAGCAGAGGUUCCCUUACAGCUAAAUUUACACUUCUGUUUUAUAUCUGUGUUAAGGACCUGUGGCAGAAGCUGAACAUGAAGCUUGUCCCAUUCUCUUUUGGCUCUGCUGCACAGUUUUGUGGUAUGUAUGGAAAGGAAAGGGAGGCUCAAAAAUAGAUAAAGUGGUACUAAAUUCAGAGAAAAGAGGAAGUUUUCCAGUGGUGGGAAAUGUUCCAGGUAGCAGAGAAGUAGGAAUGAGUGUGUAUAUAGGGAAAGAGCAGCUGUCAGAUAGGAAGUAGGCAGGAAAACAGAGGUACCUUUUCAGAAAAGAUUCCCCCACUGUUUAGGGCAAAUGUUGGUCACAGUAUAAAGCAGUUACCUUCAGUGUCUUCCUGGUAUUCAAGCUGCGGCUCUUCCUGAGCUGCAUAAUAAUCACAGCCAUUAUUGAUUGUAUCUAUAGCUAUAUCCAUUCACAUAAUAUAAAAGGACAAACUAUUUUGCACACCCAAAAGUUAGUUAAAUGCUUGGUGAAGAAAAGUUUAUUCUAAUUAUUUUCUCAUAGGACUCCUUUACUAACCAAUCCACCUGGCAACCCAAAUUUCCUGCUAAACUUGGGUAGCUGCUGCUUUAGAUUUGGUGAUAUAGAUAACCCUGCAUUAGUGGUUUAGGAAAAUAUGAGUAUUAAAAAGAUUCCUUGCAGAAAAGAAUCUAGAAUCUAUCUAAAUAUUUCCCAAAGUUUGGGACCCCGGACUCAAGGUAACAAGGCUGAGAUAUCUUGAAUUACUCAAGUCUGCAGAUAGGGGAGCAGGUCUGGAUAUGGCACUCCCUAGACCUCUGUCUUAAAUAUUCCAUUAUAAAUGCCAUUUAAACAGAAUUUGCACCAUAUUUGUGUGGCUGUCCUGUGUUACCUCGAAACAAGAUUUUUUACACAGCAAAUGAAGUCCUGAAUAGAUUGUGUCAGGUUCAGUGCAUAUGUUAUAUUAAUAGAAUGCUCAGAUUUGGCAUUUUUAUAAACUGUAAGGGCUUGGGUCUUAGAAAGAGUCUGCUUGAAUAAAAUUUCCACUUAGUAAA